AACUUAUGGUUUGCUAGCACAGAAGUGCUGAAUACUACAGACUUCACACCUCAGCCUAAGGAAGAAAGCAUGGAGCUGAAUCUGAGCCCCAGCUUUGAAGUUAUUGACUCGCUUUGCACCUCAGUUUACAGAGCACUGCUAAAAUCAGGUUAUCUACCACCGUAUCCCAGAAGGAGUCAUAGUGAAGGCUGAUCACCCAGCACAGCUGAUGUCGAAAGGCUAAAGAGUGAGAAAGAAAUGAUGAAUGGAAAGUAGCCAGAAGAGUAAUGGAAAUCCUCUAUCAAUGUGGAAGCCAUUAGCAGAGUAAUUGCUGUCUGUUGCCAUGACAACCAGCCGCUGCAGUCACCUGCCCGAAGUCCUGCCAGACUGCACCAGUUCGGCUGCGCCCGUGGUGAAGACUGUGGAGGAUUGUGGCAGCCUAGUGAAUGGGCAGCCACAGUAUGUCAUGCAAGUUUCAGCCAAGGACGGGCAGCUGCUGUCAACAGUAGUGCGGACCCUUGCCACCCAGAGCCCCUUCAAUGACCGGCCGAUGUGCAGGAUCUGCCAUGAGGGCAGCAGCCAAGAGGACUUGCUCUCUCCAUGUGAAUGUACAGGGACCUUGGGGACAAUUCAUCGGAGCUGCCUGGAGCACUGGCUGUCAUCCUCAAACACCAGCUACUGUGAACUCUGCCACUUCAGGUUUGCAGUCGAACGAAAACCCAGGCCGUUAGUGGAGUGGCUCAGAAACCCCGGCCCCCAGCAUGAGAAGCGGACUCUGUUUGGAGACAUGGUGUGUUUCUUGUUUAUAACCCCCCUGGCCACCAUCUCGGGCUGGCUGUGCCUGCGGGGCGCCGUGGACCACCUGCACUUUAGUAGUCGGCUCGAAGCCGUCGGACUGAUCGCACUCACUGUGGCACUCUUCACCAUUUACCUCUUUUGGACACUAGUGUCAUUUAGGUACCACUGUCGAUUGUACAAUGAAUGGCGUCGGACCAAUCAGCGGGUGAUUCUCCUCAUUCCAAAGUCUGUCCAUGUACCUUCUAACCAGCAGUCCCUGCUGGGCCUCCACUCGGCCAAAAGGAACUCGAAGGAGACAAUUGUUUAAUGUUCCAGGGGUUGACUGGUGGAUUUGUUGUUUGGGAUCUGGAAGUUCCUGCACUGGGACCACGUACUGAGCCACCCAAGCCCACCUUGAUCUUGCGGUCAGAGAACAUCCAGAGCUGCACCAGCACGCCACCCGAGCAAUGAACUCCGCCAGAAGAAAGCCAGUGCUAUUUACUUCAAAUCCUGGACGCUGCGGUCAUACAUUUGCUAAGCUGCCAAACAUGCUUAUUUAGCAGACACUGCAUGGGAUUUUCUGAACACUUCUUCGACAUAUGAGGAAGGCUGUCCUGCUAAGGAUUCAAUUCAAUGCAAUUCUUGUUUUUACUGUUUCAAAGAUGAUAAUCAGAGUCUAAAAGCCAAUGUAAAAACUGGUUUCUUGGUUGGGAUGGACUUCAUCUGGGUCAGUUUGUUUCCCAGUUUCUAAUGUGGAUACCUUGGGGUGAUUUGAUAGCUUGAGUUGUCUUUCCGUCUCUUUCAGGUCCUUUGUUCAAGGAGAAGCAAAUGACUACAGACUAAGUCAUAUUUGAAGGAUGUUUUGUGGUAAACCUCAUGUAAUUCUUCAGUUUUUAAAGGGAAAAAAGGUGUGGCAACUCUCCACACGGUGAGCUGUUUAUUUAAAUAUCAUUAAGGGAAAAUGAUGGUGAGAAGCACGCUCCUUUCGACUGGUUUGGUACUGACAGCUGAUAGAAGCUAUUUUCUAAUAAUAAAUAUCCAGUGUGUGAAAGACAAGCCGUGCUGAUUGCAGUACUCUUUCUUUUUCAAUCCUAAAACCUGUGAGCUUCCCAAAGUAGGUUUUAAAAAGGAAAAGCAAAAGGUUGGCGUCCCCACUCCCGUCUCAUUUAGUGUGUGUGUUAACUCCGCAACCCUAAUGAACGGGAGGAUCAUUAGACAUUUCUAGGAACCCUGGACCUGUUUUGCAUAUCAAUUAGCAUUCUCGCUGCACUAUUGAAUUUCUAGUUUGACAGGUAGGUGGGGGAACUGUCCUAGAAGCCCUGCACUUCCUCUAAGACCCCUUUGUCUGAUUUAAGAAAAAAAAAAGCCCCACACAGUGCCCUUUCCCAACAUGAGUCAGUUCUGUCGCGGGCCGACACAGAUUUUGUCCUAAGUGCGUCACUUCCCCGCUUCACGUCCGUCUCAGCAUUGGGGUCACCCGUAGACCGCUUUGUGGCCUCUAGAGGACACUGGGGGGGGGCGCUGGGCUCCCGCCGUCUCCACCCACACACGCUUAGAGAGAGGCGGGCUCAGCUUCCGGGCACGCUGAAUCCCGGAUUUCUGGAGCAUGACCCACAUUCUAAGAGUGCGGAGGCGCGCACGGGUGAGGAGGGCGAGUCCGCCCGCAGACUCGGAUGCAGGUGGUCCCUUUGUGGGGCUGAACCUCCACUCACAGGCGAGGCUGGGGACGGAAACAGAUGCGUGCUCACCGCUGCAAGACUCAGAUGUGCUUUAUGGCUUGUGACAAUAGAUCUCCUCCCCACCACGCUUUACCUGACACUUCAGUUCCAGUAAUGUAUGUCUCAGCCCUUCUGUUUACGCGGCCCUUCUCACCCCUCUGGGCUCUCAUUACUGCAUCACCAUCAGCCGUUUAACUGACCUUUUUAAAAUGCUGGACGCCACUGGCUGCACGCGGCUGUCACACAUCUCCACAGUAAAGAGUCCGACUUGGUAGCGUGUGCACUGCAGCACUGUAACACACUUGAUGAAUGAUACGUCCAGCCAGCCGGGGUCCCUGUCAGCUGAACCAGCGACGCCUUGCAACCACGUAGCACAAACUCCGCAAGAGGACUGCACUCCUCUCCCCUGCCUCUUCCCUGAAUUGUGGAAUCUGGAUUCUCGGACUGGUUCCUGUUUGAAGCCACCUGCGGAGGUGACGCUGCCGCUGCCUGUCGGUCCUGGGCAGCUCCCAGGCCUUCCAGGCCAGGAAGGGUGGCCCAUUCAUACUGUGCCUGUGAUGUGUCUCUUUACCCCAGAUGUGCCUCCUCACCCUGCCGGGGGACGCAGAGUCCGAGCAGCACAGGGAUAGCACACAGCACAGCCCUGGCAGCCAAGAAUCCCCUCACAGGCCGUGAGCUGGACCUUGUGAGAGGCCGAGACCUGUGUCAGCAGCUGGGCCGUCUGGAUGACGCUCCAUCCCCUCGAUGAUUGUGCCCCAAGGUCCUUCGAGGUAGCAGAAUCCGGGGAACCCCGGCACAGGCAUCAGGACACCUCGCCAAAAGGCAGGGACAGGUGGGCCUGCAGCCCGACACUGCUCCUCUCUUCCCCGCCGCUGACAUGGAAAGUGCUAGGUCCUCUGAGGAAGGGCGUCCUUUGAUAAUUGCCGUGGGGCUACCAUGUGAAUUACCAGCCGCCUCGCUAAGCUGGAUUCUUCCUUUGCCUCUUUGUCUUUCAAAGGUCAAGAGUGAAGCAGAUGAAGGACACGGGGUGGGAGCAGGUAAAGGAUCCUAGCAGCUCCCUGGAUUUCUUCCCCCGACUUCUCACCCUCCUGCCAUGCUAACCAUUUUUCCUGGGGAUGUCCCAUCGAGACAGAUGUGUAUCAUGGUGAAACCAGAGAUGGGAAUGAACUAAAACAAGUCUUGCCCGCCCAGCAUGUGCAUGCAUCUCUGAAUGCCCUCAUCCGGUAGAAGGACUGAGGACACAGAGGGUCCACACAAAUGCUACAGCUCCGCAGAGAACUGGGCAGACUCUCCGAUGAGCUGCAAAAUCCAAUUAAGGAAAAAUAAAUGGCACGAUUUGGAAGUUACUUCAGUUUGUCUUUUGUCAUCCCGGUCCCCUCCUGCCCCGAGUACUGGGGCUUUGCCACAGAUUGUCACUUUCAGCUGGGCUCUGGCCACAGUCAUUUCGUUUUCAGUGAAAGUAACUCAUCUGGGGCCUGGAAAAGACAGGAGAAAAUGGAAGUGAAACUGCAGUUCAGCCAACUGAGUACUUCAGAGAGCAGCCAGCCCCAGGCCCCGCUUCCUCCAGGGCCACUGUCUCCCUCCGGGCACUGGCUUCCGGCCAGCUCUGAGUCUGAGCCCGCACCACACCUCCGGCCCUCGGAGUUGAAUUCUGCCAACAGAUUACAGGGCUGCCCACACUUGGAGUAUCCAAG